CUCCCGCUGGCCCCGGCCGCGGCGCCCCUGAGCUCUCGCGGCGAGCGCGCCAUGGAGCGGCCGGCGCCCCUGGCCGUGCUGCCCUUCUCGGACCCCGCGCACGCGCUGAGCCUGCUGCGCGGCCUGAGCCAGCUGCGCGCCGAGCGCAAGUUCCUGGACGUGACGCUGGAGGCGGCGGGCGGGCGCGACUUCCCCGCGCAUCGCGCCGUGCUGGCGGCCGCCAGCCCCUACUUCCGCGCCAUGUUCGCGGGGCAGCUGCGCGAGAGCCGCGCCGAGCGGGUGCGCCUGCACGGCGUGCCGCCCGACAUGCUGCAGCUGCUGCUCGACUUCAGCUACACGGGCCGCGUGGCGGUGAGCGGCGACAACGCCGAGCCACUGCUGCGGGCCGCCGACCUGCUGCAGUUCCCGGCGGUAAAGGAGGCGUGCGGCGCCUUCCUGCAGCAGCAGCUCGACCUGGCCAACUGCCUGGACAUGCAGGACUUCGCCGAGGCCUUCAGCUGCGCGGGGCUGGCGAGCGCGGCGCAGCGCUUCAUCCUGCGCCACGUGGGCGAGCUGGGCCCCGAGCAGCUGGAGCGCUUGCCGCUGGCGCGCCUGCUGCGCUACCUGCGCGACGACGGGCUGUGCGUGCCCAAGGAGGAGGCCGCCUACCAGCUGGCGCUGCGCUGGGUGCGCGCCGACCCGCCGCGCCGCGCCGCGCACUGGCCGCAGCUGCUCGAGGCCGUGCGCCUGCCCUUCGUGCGCCGCUUUUACCUGCUGGCGCACGUCGAGGCCGAGCCGCUGGUGGCGCGCUGCCCGCCCUGCCUGCGCCUGCUGCGCGAGGCGCGGGACUUCCAGGCGGCGCGCUACGACCGCCACGACCGCGGGCCCUGCCCCCGCAUGCGCCCGCGCCCCUCCACCGGCCUCGCCGAGAUCCUCGUGCUCGUGGGCGGCUGCGACCAGGACUGCGACGAGCUGGUCACCGUCGACUGCUACAACCCGCAGACGGGCCAGUGGCGCUACCUGGCGGAGUUCCCCGACCACCUGGGCGGGGGCUACAGCAUCGUGGCUCUGGGAAACGACAUCUACGUGACGGGUGGGUCUGACGGCUCCCGGCUCUAUGACUGCGUGUGGAGGUACAAUUCCAGCGUGAACGAGUGGACAGAGGUGGCGCCCAUGCUGAAAGCCCGCGAGUACCACAGCUCCUCCGUGCUGGAUGGGCUGCUGUACGUAGUGGCUGCAGACAGCACAGAGCGCUACGACCAUACCACAGACUCCUGGGAGGCCCUGCAGCCCAUGACCUACCCCAUGGACAAUUGCUCCACCACGGCCUGCCGUGGCCGCCUCUAUGCCAUUGGGUCCCUGGCAGGCAAGGAGACCAUGGUGAUGCAGUGUUACCACCCGGACACAGACCUGUGGUCACUGGUGGACUGUGGCCAGCUCCCGCCUUGGUCCUUCGCCCCCAAGACAGUGACUCUAAACGGACUUAUGUACUUCAUCAGGGACGAUUCUGCGGAGGUGGACGUGUAUAACCCCACGAAGAAUGAAUGGGACAAGAUCCCAUCUAUGAAUCAGGUACACGUGGGGGGCAGCCUGGCCGUCCUUGGAGGGAAGCUGUACGUCUCAGGUGGUUACGACAAUACAUUUGAACUCUCUGAUGUGGUGGAGGCCUAUGACCCAGAGACUCGGGCAUGGAGCGUGGUGGGACGGCUCCCAGAGCCCACCUUCUGGCACGGCAGCGUCAGCAUCUUUCGCCAAUUCAUGCCCCAGAUGCCCUCGGGUGGGCGUGGCUUUGAGCUGGACGGCAGCAGCAGUGACAUGGAUGUGGCCCGGCCCCGGCUGCCACAGAACCCGGACGAGCUGCACUAGCCCCGGCCUGGCCCGGGGAAGGGCCUCGGUGCGGGUAACAGUGCGUCUGCGGGGGGUAGGGAGCCCCUUAUUUGUGCACAAGGACAAGUUGGGCUCACCAGGUGGAGCACAGGCUCUCACGCUGCUGAGUGAGCCCCAGGAUCUGACCCCAGGAGAGCCUCUCUGCAUUGAGAGCCUGAUUCCCAGCUGGUGGGGCCAAAGCCGGUCACAAACGCCCCUCCCUUAGCCCAGGAAGAGCCGCCUCCCUGCCAGCACGGGUCUUGCUCCAGCAAGUGGCCCCUCGUGCUGCCACUACCUAUGCCUGCUUGUUCCCACCUCAGAGAGGAGGGCCCCUUGUGGGGUACACAUCGUCCCAUGACUGUCUGAGAGUGGUCCAGGCCUGCAGGAACCAGGCCAACGGUGGCUGUAGGAGUUUCCAAACUCCACAUCCGAUGCUGGACAUCCCAGUGGGCCAGCUCCCCGUGAUGGAAUGGGUCUGCCUGCCUGGCUCCUCUGCCUGCUGGGGUGCUGCACCAGAACACCUUUCACAGGGGUGGGUGACCCAGCAGUGCAGGUGGUGGGACCGGAUGGGGGUGUGGCCUUGGGGGGACCCUGAGAGGUGUGCUGAGUGAAUCCUAUCUCCAGUGAACCUGAGCUGAGCCAGAUGCUGGGUGUCCCCAUCCUCCCACCCCACCAGCUGGCAUGGUGCUGCCUGACUUGGAGACCUCUCCGGAACUGUCCUCCCAGGUGGAUGCGGGAGAGGGCAAAAGCCUGCGGGUGCCAGGCUCUAGCUACUUAAUUUACUGGGAGGCCCCAGGCAGAUGGCCUCAGGUGCCCUCGCACCCCCGUGGGAGCAGAGAAUCCUGCUGCUUCCAAAGGAAGCCCUGGGCAAGGCGGCCUCCGGAGCUGGUUGCAGGGUUUGAGAGGCAGUUGGCCUCUCCGUAGAAGAGAGGGAGGUUGGGAGGGAGGCAGCGAGAAACAGUCCAUUCUGAUUCUUCACUGUCUCACGGUGCCACAGCUGCAGGUCUAUGCAGGGCAGCAUGACACCCCACACUCCUCUGGGGCCUGGGGCUUCUCUGCAAGGGUGGCAGGAGAAGCUCCUGGAAAAUUCCACAGCUCAGGGUCCCUGGUUCUCUCUGGGGAGUGAGCAGUCUGGUCACCUUGAAGUCCCCAAGUAACCUUCUGUUGGAUUUGUCUUUCUUCCAAAGACAAAUGGUGUUUGCAUUUCCCUCUUUAGAAAGAUGGGAAACAAGUGUUCAUUGAGUUGUCUUCCCCAGUGACCUAACAUGGAGAUGUGUUCUUAAUGAAAGAAAGGAGUCCUAGCACCAUCACUUCACAAGUACCACUUAAAAGCUUUUGCUGGCCAGGGGGCAUGGGUUCUGGGAAGGAAGUCUCAUGGUCUCAGGAACUGUUGGCUGGGGUCCCCGCCUCACGCCCUGGUGGGGAGGCAUCAUCUUGUUGCAGAGCCCCUGGCUGAGCGGCUCCUGCUCACAUUCAGCCCUUCCCACCCCCUCUGUCAUCACUCAUUAGAUCACCUCCACACACCCGCUGUGCCCAGCACUGUCGAAAGGCAGGGUGGUGGUGGCAGCCUGGCUGUGGGAUCCCUUGGGCCUGGGCUGCUUCGUGCCCGAGCCUUGUCUUCACCCCUCCCAGUAUGAGUGUCUCCCUUCCUCCCACAAGUGAUGUCUGACCCCUCGAUCCCGGGGCUGGUGACACCUCUUUCUGGCUCUAGUGCCUUCCCGGUAGGCUAACCCCCUGGAGGUUGUCCAUGUUCUGGGAAGGGUCUGACUGGUUCCUCUGCAGGCGGAGGCUGUCCAGGCACAAUGGCUUGUCUCCUGGCAGGGGACGGGUAGGACAGGGCUUCAGAGGACCAAUGAGCCCUGAGAGACACCAGGUGUGUCAUGCAUGCAGGUAGAUGCUGUGAUACCUGCUGACAGGUCAUGUGCAGGGACCCCCCAACAGGAGGAAUGCAGGCCUUGAUUGCAUGGGCUGCCUCCAGGAAGGCAGGAUGGACGUGUGAUAUGGCUACUGGAGCUGGCCCCACAUCCCUCCAGUGGCACUGGGCUCUCAGUCAAGGAUUUCCCGGUCAAUGACUUCCGGGAGAUAGGUAUCCUGUAACACUUUUGUUGGGAACGUGGCACUGCAGACACCUUGUUUGUCCUACAAACCGCCCUUUCUGGAAAUCCCAGCAGGCACCAUUCACUGCUAAGUGCGGGUGCCCACUCGGGCCUUUGUCUGGCCUUCCCUGUAGAAGCUCUCUUUGGCAGGGGCCCCCGCGUUCUGGUUCAACCCUCCUCUUCUGGGUACUUCAUUAUGACUAGUUAGCACACGACCAGUUAGCACAUAACUGACUGCCUCAGUGUCUGGUGGCUGCUCAGGUGAUGGCUGCUUUGGGGUACACCAGGGAAGUGGCUACGCUCACUCUAGAGUUAGAUGGGUCCCCUCCACCCAGACCUCAUCUUGGGUUUGGAACACCAGGGGUGGGAAGCAGAGGUGGCAGCUGCAGGGGGUUCCUGCAGACCCUAGCUGAGGACCGACCCUCCCUGCUUCCCCUGGCAGGAAUGUCUACAUUGGGAUGUCUACACUGCCUGGGGUCAGGGGUUGGCCGGGGCUGGGGCUGUGUGUUGGAUGUAUGGAACUUUCAGUCUACAAGACAAAUUAAGUUAUGAAAAUUCAGUGACUUGUAUUUAAUGCCGAUUUGCUAUAAAGUAUUCUAUAUUUAUAUGAUUUCAGAGACUUAUGUACUAAAGGACACGCCCUUUUUGGUGUCCAACAUCUAGUUCCAACCCCAGAGGGUGGGGCAGAUUUGCCUAUUUAUUUGUCCUGUAGGCCUAGGUGUCCGGAAUCUUGUUUAAGAUUUUAGGAUGCCUUCAACAUACACUUUUUAAAAUAAAACUGUUUCCUAUA